AUGAGUGAAUCGAGUAAAGAAUUGGUAGUGAUACAUUAUGAACAUAACGAAAAGUCUGUGACGAAAAAAGCAAAACAGACAUCAUCAACAAAGUCGGAAAUUUCAAACGGAUUGCCUAAGAAGUCAGACGAGGGAAAAAUAAAGAAAAAGAAAGAAAUGAAUCCGUUCAUGAUUUAUCGUAAAGAAAAGUUGAAGACUAGAAAAACAAAUAUGACGAUGACCGAAUUCAGCAAGGAGGUAUCAAUUAGUUGGAAUAAACUAUCGGAAAGAGAGAAAAUGAAUUACCAACGAAGAUAUCAAAUAAAACGAGACCAAAAAUCGCAAAAAACAGUUGAAUUUGUUCCCGCUGCAACGGACCAUAAUCCUCCAACUGAUAUUGAUUAUAUUGAUGAUGGAUCAUGUAAUGAAGUUAUUAAUUGUGAAAAUUUCACUAAUAAUCUUCGUUUAGAGAGCCAAAUGUCACAUGAUUACUUUAAUGAAAUCAAUUAUUCUGAAUUUUGCAAUGAACCCACUGGAUCAUAUGAUAAUUAUUUUAUCGAUAAUUCUCUCAGCCUAGACAAUUUUCAAAGCACAACCUAUGAUCAUCCUAUCAGCUUAAUUGAUGAUAAUCAAUGGACACUCUUUGAUUUUCCUAAUAAUUCUCAACCUAAUAUUUUUAUCGUUCCUAUAUUAUUUAAUAUUUAA